CUGUGCAGAUUGGCGGGCACAUCCGGAGGCCAGACAUGGCGGAGGCGGGAAAAGAGCCGGCAGGCCUGGCGCUCCCCGGGGGAGGCGCCGCUCAGUGGCCGCUGCAGCGGUAUGGCCGUUUCAUGCCCUUGGGCACCGGAGAGCCGGCCGCGACUGGUCAGGACGCUGGGACAGCCUCUGCCCCCGCAUGGAAGGUUUUUGACUCCAAUGAAGAAUCUGGGUAUCUUGUUCUCACCAUCGUUAUAUCAGGUCAUUUCUUCAUUUCCCAAGGACAGACACUGCUGGAAGGCUUUUCACUCAUUGGUAGCAAGAACUGGUUGAAGAUUGUGAGACGCAUGGAUUGUCUAUUGUUUGGAACAACGAUAAAGAACAAGAGUCGCAUGUUCCGGGUGCAGUUCAGUGGAGUGUCCAGGGAGCAGGCGCUGGAACGCUGCUGCAGCUGUGUGCAGAAGCUGGCCCAGUACGUGACCGUCCAGGUGCCCGACGGGGCCUGCGAGGAGCUCAGGCCGGGUCCCAGCCCGCUCACGGCAGGCAAAAGCCAAGGGCAGGACUGUGCACAGCGCGGCCCACCGCAGCCCGGGUUUCAAACAUUUCGCUGCAUCACCACCUGCUAUAUUAAGAAUCCUUUCCCUCCAAAUGGGAUGGAGUGGCUUGUUAUGAGCACACGUGCUGCCACUGCAACAGGAUGGCCGGUGGUGGUUGAUCCAUUCGACUCGUCCCUAACUGCAGCUACCACAGAAUCCGGAGAAGCCGGGGCCACGUGGACCAGUCAGCAGGAGCGCUUCAGGAGGAAGGGCCCCCGUGAGUUGGUUAGCUCAGUCUCUCCUGGUGUCCGAGGAGCUGCCCCCGGUCUAUGAACAAUCUACGUGGGACGCGGAAGAGUUAGGCCCCUUUCUACGCUUGUGCCUCAUGGAUCAGAAUUUCCCCGCAUUUGUGGAAGAGGUGGAAAAGGAACUCAGAAAGCUGACAGGGUUGAGAAAUUAACACUCCAUGUACAUACAGAA